AGAUUUUCCCCUGACGUUUGUUUCGAAAACGAAAAAACGGGCCGUAAAGGCAGUCCAGCAAUCCGAAAACUGAAAAGUAACUCUCUCUCUUUCUUUGAAUAGAUUUGGCGCGCCGAAUCUGCACUCUCCAAAAGCAGCCAGCCAGAAUGAGAGAUUCAUCUGAUGUUUUGGUGCAUGAGGUGAAAGCCGCUAACAGUAAGGCCAUCAAAUUUUCUGCAGCACUUAAUGUCGGAGAAAAUGGGGAGCUUGAUUUUUUACGUUCCUUAUAUGAAGGUGCUCUAGCUGGAGGUGCUGCUGGCCUCGUUGUUGAGGCUGCUUUAUAUCCAAUUGAUACAAUAAAAACUCGUCUACAGGCUGUUCACGGAGAAGGAAAAGUUGUACUAAAGGGUCUUUAUUCUGGAUUGGCCGGAAAUCUUGCUGGGAUGUUACCUGCCACUGCCGUUUUCGUUGGUGUAUAUGAGCCUACCAAGCAGAAAUUGCUGGAGUCUCUCCCUGAAAACCUCAAUGCUUUAGCUCAUCUGACUGCAGGUGUCAUAGGAGGAGUGGCUUCAUCGAUCAUCCGUGUACCAACAGAGGUAGUUAAGCAAAGGAUGCAGACUAGCCACUUUGCGUCUGCAUCGAAUGCUGUCCAUGUUAUUGUUUCAAGGGAAGGUUUGAAAGGCCUUUAUGCGGGUUAUGGAUCUUUCUUACUACGAGAUUUGCCAUUUGAUGCCAUUCAGUUCUGCAUUUACGAACAACUUAGGAUAGGGUACAAGCUAGCGGCGCAAAGAGAUCCAAAUGACCCUGAGAAUGCUAUAAUUGGUGCCUUUUCUGGUGCCGUUACUGGGUCUAUAACCACUCCUUUUGAUGUGAUCAAAACUCGAUUAAUGGUUCAGGGAUCAAAUAGUCAAUAUCAAGGUAUUCAAGAUUGUUGUAGGACUAUAAUGAAGGAAGAAGGACCACGUGCCUUCUUAAAGGGCAUAGGGCCAAGGGUAUUAUGGAUAGGGUUAGGAGGCGCUAUCUUUUUUGGUGUUCUUGAAAAAACAAAGCAGAUGCUUGCUAAUCAGAGGCGUCCAGUGCCUCAGAAACCCGUCGAGUCGCGAUGAUUCAGGUCAUCAUUUUAAGGGUUCAUAUAAUUAUUAUUUCGUUUCUAAGUCUUAAAAAUGACACAACUUCCAACUUUCAUUUGUUUGAUUGCACUUCGAAAUAAAAAUAGUUUCACUUGUUUGCCUCACAGAAACAUGGGCUUCAUAUUUAUUAACCAACUUUCGUUUGUUCUCCUCCUCCUGUUCUUUAAUUAUAAUAUAUAGUUAAUAAAGCGUACUUCCAUUCUAAAACUGGAUUUGAUUCA